AUGCAUAUUGAGGAGUUUUCAAAGGCAGCUUUCGGCUCGUCCAUCUUUAUCAUCAUAGUUUCGCCAAUGACAAUCGUGGCCAACAGUUUGCUUCUUGUAACUUUUCUCGUCGAUCCACUCAAGAUUUUCCGCAACCCAACCAGCUACUUUCUCAUCGGUUUGGCCAUCGUGGAUCUCCUAACAGCACUGAUACAAGAACCUAUCUAUGCCACCUGUUUCAUGCUGAUGUACUUUCAGCAUCCUUCGUGGACGAAAUGCGAAUCUUGGAUGAAAUUUGCAGCGUAUUUUUCGGCAUUUCCAAUCUCAAUAUCGGUAUCCAUCGUUUUUGCCUUUACAUUGACACAGUAUAUCAUGGUGGCAUCGCCUCUGAAGUACGGCCGCAUGAUUACAAAGAAAAAAGCUUUCAUUGGCGUUGUGGCUCUAUACCUCUAUCACACGCUUAUCUGUUGUUUACCUCUAAUGGGUGUUCCACAGAAGACCAUGGACGCCAUCGGCUUAUUUUUUUACAACUACGCUGUUGUUCUUGUUACCAUCGUGGUAUACAUUAUUCUUCAUUACACCAUGAAAAAGAAGAUGAAGGCAGGGCGCUCACUCCAAAACGAAAGUUCAUCCACUUCUCGCGAAGAAGGAAGACACGUUCAGAUGCAGCGAAGCUUUGUCCGUUUAAACGUCGUUCUUCUCAUUAUUAUGAUCAUGUCUUUCCUGCCUUCAGUUAUACUCAUGACAAUCAGAUUUUUUCUGGACGACAUAUUUACUGCUCGGUAUGGGAUACGGGUUCUUGUUGUAAAUUUGAUGACCGAUAACCUGCUUUACCUGAAAUUUCUGUUAGAUCCAAUUGCUUACGCGUGGCGUAUGUCCAAGUACAGGAAGUCUCUGAAAAGCACCGUUUAUCGUAAUAAAGAUAAAGGGUCUAGCAGAAGUGAAAACGAGACUAAAAUCACAGAUGCAAGAUGUCAGAUAGGUGAACUGGCAAGUGCUGAACUGAACAGGUCAGCGAUAACUUUACUCAGCUUUAAGAAUGUCAGCACAGAUUAAGGGUAGACCCUCUCCUGUUUUUGUGCACAUUAGCGGUGAUAAAUGAUGAAUCAGACAUCUCCUAUGGUUAGAUUUAAACCUAUCACAACUGAGAAAUUCACCCUGAGUCGAACGCAGUGUUCUAAAAUCACAAUAAUACUCAUGCUUCCAAGCCUAUAUAACUAAGGGUGGCAGCAGCUCAACAACUCAUGGUCACUAUUCUGGACAGCUUUACCGCAAGCAAAGGAAUCUUGCCACGAACUCAUUCGAUGUGGAUGUAGAGCCUCACGUAGAGGACAAUACAAGUGCUUAAAAGCUAAUUUGGCAUGCACUGGUUUGUACAGCUGUGGCGGCACAAACCAACAACCAUAAAUAUUUACAACGGUGUCACUAACGACUAGUGUAGAUCGGGUAAGAAUCGGGCAGUACACCAAUCGUUUGUUGAAUUUCGGUUAGAGAUGAGAACAGUUUAGGAUUUCACCUAAAACGCCGUUCAGAAAAGUGUAGCUGAGAAAUUUACCGCAGGCAUCCUAAGUUGUUAACCAAAGGUUAUUUACAAUAUCUGGUUAAAUUUACUAAAGUAACGGAAGAGAACGUCAAAUCAAGUAGAGACAUAUGCUUCAUGUUUCUAAGAUAAAGAAGUUUUACCAGUCAUGAUUCAGAAAAUAAUGUAAACAGGUAUAUUUAACGUUUAACCUCAGGGCCUCCAAACAUUAUGAUAAAUAUCAUAGAGGAUAGUCAAGUAAUAUCAUACGAUGAAUAUGAAUAGAUAGAAAAUGACUCGGUGGCUAUGUUUGAAGGCUUUUUUCACCAAGCAAUGUCGUGUAAGAGGACUUUUUAUUUUUAGCCUCGUUUCCAUGCUAGCGAACUUCUGACAUGCGUGGUUCUCAUCUCCAGAAGUUAAAUUGAAUUAGCCUUUAUCAGAAAAUUCUAGUCUAAGGGUCAUAAGUGCUGUGACAACGUUUCAUGCUUUUAUCAUUAAUUUGAACAAUUUUGGUCGAUAACCGCGAGACCACAUAAGGAUGUGCCUAACAUAAUAUAUAUUACUUUAUGAUCAUAUCAUAUCUUAUUCACAAAUACGCAUCAGCAUGGAAUACCAAGGUAAAUAACAGAACAUCCUAGAAUGCUAUUCUAAACAAAAUACAUGUUUCAAAAUCGAAUCAACAAGUUUUAUGACAUUAGCAAUAGCACUGCUUUCCGAGGAAAAAGCUUUAAAAAAAAUAAAAUUAGGCUUCUCUCAAGCAAGAAAAUAGACGAGUUUUUCUCAGCAUAAUCGUUUGUAACCUGCUAUGAGGGGUUUUCUUGACAUGUGGCUUUCGACGACUACCAAAAUAAACCUCGAUACAUUAAACAGUUCCAUAAUUUUGGAAAUUGUUGUCAACACUAUUAAAAAUGGAGUACAUUCUGUUGACACAAACGUUUUAGCAGGAAAGAGGUGGUGAAAGAAUUUGUAACUAUGGAUCUUAAUCACGAGAACAUUCCCCUGCCUCUUAAGCCAAAGAAAAUGAAUUCGCCUCAGGAGCUAUAAAAGAUGUUGACCUUCGAGUACUUAUCAUCUUCGGCUCGCAUUUAUAAAAUACCAUCAUAGGUGAGUCAAAUUACUCAAAAUAAUUCAUAGUCUGCUUUGUACCAUGCAAAAUCCCCCAAAAUGAGUGGUGAGAUAUCUAAAGACGCUUUCGUAAUUUAUCUUUUCAUCUAUAUGCUAUGUUUGCUCACGGUAUUUAAUUACUUAUCGGACUUUCACAGCGGUGGUCCACUCUGAGUAUUCAACAUCUUCGAGGAAAAUAUUUUUGAUCAUUCCCCUUCAACUUGUUUUAAGACGUUCGUAAAAUUUCUUUGCACUCAUCCAUAUUUGUCUUGAAUGAUCUACUCUCGGUUGAGUAUCCUUGAGUCUACCUCAUUUUGCAGUUUUCUUAGAAAUAAUUUCAUGUUAUAUCUCAGCUAUUCUUGAAACGACUUGUUUUCUGCUAGCGGGAUUUAAAGCAAUCACUUAGCCCUCCAUGAAAAGUUCUCUCUCAAAUAAUCGCUCUCCUUUGAAACAUGAAAAUGGAUGGAAAUAAUUGCCCCAGUUUGAGAUUAAACGAAAUAAUGGUGCAGCAGUUGCGGUAAAUUUUAAUUAGAAAUCACUUCAAAUAAGAUCAACUAAAAUGAACCAAAACAGCCUCUAAAAAUAUGAGCUAAUCAAUUUAGACUAUACAAAGUAAAGUUAUUUUACGACCAAUAUCUUGAGGGCAUUUAGAGUGAUGGAAAGAUUUGGUUGUUUCUUCUCUCGAAGCUUUUAUCAUUCCACUCGGUUACUAAUAAGCUACGAAAUGUUGCAUAGUCAGUGGUAAAACAUCAAGGGAUGUAGGCGGUCUAGAGUAAAGCGAGUCAAUGUCUACCAAAACGUGAUAAGUUUCAAAUAAUUUAUGUCGUAAUUGAGCAUUCUCAAUUUGGUUUUUCCUCCAAGGUAGCAUCAAAAUCCAUGUUGCGUUGUUUGAAAGACCUUGGUAUCUGAAGAUAGCCUGCAGCUUUCCUUUCAAAGUGAUCAAUAGUUCAAAUCCAGACUCACUCUAUUGGCAAGGUUUUGAAGCUGAACAACGUUAUUGCCGAUUGGUUCAGUUCAGUUGUUGAUCUCUCAGUUCCGGUCAGCUUGCCUUCCCCGCCGAUAUCUUUGUGGGUACAAUAUAUUUUUCCGAGAGAAUCACGGUAUUUAAGCACGUGCUACGCGUAAACAAUCGGACCCAACAGAAAUUUCAGGUAAAGCAGGUUAUUGCUCAUCAAAUGAAGGCACGAAAAAACAUGAUCAUAAUAAUGAGAAGAAUGACAUUUAAACGGAAAGAGCUUCGCUGCUCCUUAAUGUGUCUUCCCUCUUCGCGAGAAGUCGAAGAGCUUUUCGUUUUGGAGUGACCAUCCUGCGGCCAUUUUCUUUUCCAUGGUGUAAUGCAGAAUAAUGUAUACCACGAUAGUAACGAGAACAACACUGCACCUCAGGCGGUGUGCGCACUCUGAUUACGUUGCAUCAUGGUCGUAAAACGAAAAGCGAGUCAUUUACAUCCUGUCGCGGUUGAGUGAACAUCUCUGGUGGCAGCAAGAUAGCGCGAAUAAACGUGGAAUGUAAUGGGGAUUCACUGCCUGUUGCCAUUCCUUCCAAAGUUAAAAAUUUUUGGAAGGCCUGCGCGACUCCUGUUAUUCCUCCGUGAUAAAUUCGUUGUUAGGAGGCAACUGAAGAGAUUCAGAAAGAAUCGCAACUGCAGCCUUGCCCAAGAAUCUAUUCAUUUGGCAGCAGUUACACUCACAGCCGAUGGUUGUGUGAAUAAUAUAAAAUUCGCGAGUUAUUUAACAGGGAAUCAACCCUUGACAUGCAAACUCAUUACAAAGAGACAGCUACCUUCUUAUACACCUAUUAUUUUUCAUGUCAUACACUUAAAGGCGUAAAUACGGGAUUCGCAAAAGGAGAAGCGUUACGCCUUUUAAGACCAAAUUCGUCACGCUCAACGUUUAAUAAAAAACGUACAGAUUUUCAAAUAUGCUUAAAAGAAUAGAGAAUACUUAAAAUAAGGUUCUCUGGAGUUAUCUUCUACGGUAGAGGCAGUAUACUUGAAAACAAAGAAAAUAGCGCGCACACAUGAAAAUAUUACCUUUUGUAACAAUCUCAUUCGGCUUUGCCAAACCUCAAGAACGUACCUACAGGGAAAUUACACCUUAAAACUAACCCUUAUUAUCACAUCGCGAAGGAAAGUAAUUAAAAGAUAUCUUAAUAACAGCUAACUUUUCAGGUCAGAAGAUCUAAAAGCGCAAACGAAUGGCAGGAGUCUCAAGUGACUUCUUUCAUUGCUCUAAUUCAACUGUCCUUCAUUCAAUGAUCAAGAUCGUAGAUUUACCAUACAAAACUCGCGAUUAGUUAAUCUGCUUCUACUUAGGAAAGUAGAUUUACGACACAAUUGGGUGUACAAUAGUAACGAUGUGUAAAGCAACAAUAGGCCUUUUCUUGGUCAUAAUCGGUCUCAAACACUAGCACUAAAAAAUGCGUGAAACACAUGUACCGUUGGAGAGUGUUUAGUCAGAACUGUUGAAGAAGGAUCAAAGCGGCCAUCCAAAUCUUUGAAAGGCUCCGAACUAUAACGUACAUCAAAUUUUACCUUCUCGAAACUGGUCUCCAAUUACGUACCAAAAAACAGUGAUUGCGUUUGUCCUUGAGAACCAUAAAAUACGCGACAAAUACGUACAAAAUAUACUUUUACACAUUCAGAAUAAAUCAGGUUACAUUUACCUAUGGUGAAAGGAAAAAGGAGCGGCCUAACUUUUACAAAAUGUUCAGUCAAAAUCUGCCGAUUUCUGCCGCUUUCACCGCCAUAUUGAAAAUGAAGCUACCACAAUGCAAAGCAAUCGGAGUGCGCACACCGCCUGAGUGCACCUAUAAAAGAAUAAGUCGAUGACGUCCUUGGUCUUCUGUGAAACACCCAUUAGAGGUAAACAACAGAUAAGCGUGUGAUAAGGAUAUACUGCAACAACGCUAAUGAAGGUUUUCUACUUUGUAAUCAUGCGGCCGUACUUCAGAGGCGAUACCACCACGAUAUACUGCGUUAAUGUGAAAGCAAAAACGAUGCAUAGCGAUAUUGAGACUGGAAAUACCGAAAAAUAACCUGCAAAUUCCAUCUGAAGAGCACAAUUUCUCUUCAAAGGAUGCUGAAAGUACAAAAAGCAUGAAACAGGUGGCAUAGAUAGGUUCUUGUAUCAAUGCUGUCAGGGGAUACACGAUGGCCAAGCCGAUGAUAAAGUUGGUGGUUGGAUCGCGGAUAAUCCUGAGUGGAUCGACGAAAAAAGUUACAAGAAUGAAACUGUUUGCCAGGAUUGUCACGGGCGAAACUAUUAUGAUAAAGAUAAUAUGAACCAAAUGCUGCUUUGGAAAAAGUAUCCACAAGUCCCAUCGCGAGCGUUGAAGUAAUGGAACUCGGUACAAUGUGCGUAGCGAAAUGGUCUUCAUCGAAUACAGCUUCAUUUAACAGGUUUGGAAUUGGAUACCUUGAAGAACUUUGCGAAAGCUAAAGUAGGAGUUGUUACAUGUGGCAUUCAUCUUUUCCCUAGCCUGGUCAUGCGAACCUAACGAAGUUAAGUAAAUAAACUCUUACGGCGUGAUUGGCGAUGCGGCAGCCCUUAGUGUAUAAGAUGUUUUUGUCACCCAAUCGAUGCUAAAAGAAGCCCGCUGGUAAACCGUUGCAUAUUUAACAGUGGCCAGUAGGAAAAGAGAGAGACAUUUUGUUGUCACUAAUGGUUCAGCAGGACAGAAAUGAAAAUUCCUUUUUGCUGUGGAUCUUACUCAUCAGAUCAUUUCCCACGCCUUUUUGGUCUCUAAAACCACAAAAAAAUAAAUCUAUCCUAGAGGAGAUAUCCAAAAUGUUAUCUUGCAUUAUCUCCUGGGGAUCCUCCGAGAGCUAAAAUAAUGUCAGCUCCAACUUCAUCUAAGAUGUAAUCGAACGUACCUUGCACUUGGAAAUAUAUUUCUUGAAUGGUAAAGUCUGCUGUUGAAUACCCAUUGAGUUCAUAUGUUUCAGUUGCCUUAGUGAUACGUUCGUAUAACUCUUGAGUUAUUGCUGAAAUUACUUCUUGAUUCUCGCGGGCAAAAUUUGAAGUAAUCACCUCCCUCGUAAAUAAUUUCUCUCUAAGACAAUUGCUCUCGUUUCGAGAAAACAAAUAAAUGCUGUAAUUGCCCCAGCUGGUAUCCAAAGAAAUAAUGGUACACCAAUUGCAAAAAAUUGAUUAUAGCUGAACGCUCUGAAAAAGAACCCCAUAAAUUAUCCUGAAUAGCUGUGAAAAGUGUAAGGCUAAUCUAAUAUGUAAAAUAUUAGAUCUCGAUAACCUUUCUACAGUUUCAAACUCGAUUUUCUUUCAAUUUCUUAGAGUCUAUUUCAAUAGAAGGUUAGAGUGGUAUUAAGGUAAUUUCGUGAGCAAAGAUAGUCACUUUUUGAUCUCCUUCGUCAGUUUGAAAUAUUGCAAAACAGAAGAUGACAAAUCGCAAAAAUGAACACAAAUAAGAGAACCGUAAACACGAUGCGCGAUUUCCUUGUCACGAAUGUAUAUUGCAAUAAUCCUGUAGAAGGAACGAUCGUAACAAGGAGUUGUGUGAAUAAAAUUUUUCAGUUUCCGCCAGUCCCUUGUGUUUUGAACGAGGGCCCUGCUACUCAUGAGUGCAAUUAGAUGUGCGCAUCAUUUUUUAGGGGGGAAUUUGGCAGUGUCGUGGUAUGGAAGAUCACCAAAUAGCGUCAUGAAAAUUUUAUUGCUCGUGCUGCUGUAUUAUUGUGCCCAUAUAUAUCACCAUUUAAGUCAAGGCUUUAGUAACGUUAUUUGACCUAAUAAUCUGCGCCUCUGGAAAUGUACAGCUGCUCUGAAACAUUGAAUUGGUUUGUCAAUGCAGGCAAGCCGACAGUUUUUGCCUUAAUUACCCUAGGCUCUUGGUAGCCCAAAUUAGACGAAAAACCCACAAAUUCAGUUGCUUUGCGGUACCGACAAAAUGAUUUUUCUUGGCUUAAUUUUCGACCGGCAUGUCCAUGGCUCUAUACCGUAUAGUUUCACAGACAAAGUGACUACCGACCAAUUAUCUUAGCACCGACAAACAGACUACGAAUACUUUUAAUGACGAAUCAAACGUUCUGUCGAGUGCAAAGCAAGCCUGAAGAAAUUAAUUUCAGUUAUUCACUUGAAAUGAAUAAUAGCGUUGGAAAGCGAAUUGUUUUCCAUAUUCUAUCCUUCAGGUUUUUAAGGUUCAAAUACAAUAAAGUCUUCCCUUAUACAAUGCAUCAGUAAAGGUGGGGGCGGCAGUAUUUUCUCGUCGUUGUAUCCUAUAUACAGGAGCAGUUUUGUUAUUUGCGGGCAUACUAGGGUGUUUCUAUACCACGAUAGUCAUGAAGUUGUUUCUUUUCUUUUAUCGUAACAAUGUUGGGUCAGGUUUACUCUAUGAUACCUUUUCACUAUAAGCUCCUUGUUCACUGUAAAUAUAUCCUUUUGUAAAUAGCUGAGUAUAAGCAUUCGUUGAGGUCCAAUCUCCGUAUCCUGCUAAGGUCUACUGUUUGAUAGAGCUUUUCAAAUAUUUGGUAUUUGUCGCUUUACGAAAUAUCCAGAUGGAAAAUGAAAUUCCCUGCUAUGCUGAAUGAUUUGUUCUUCUUUGAUCCCAACACGUGCGGACCUCCACUGAAAUAAUUGAACUUAUUACAAAAGGCACAAAUUCGGUGCAAUUUCAAAAUUUAAAAGGCUUAGCACAUCUUACAAUAAAAUACUUGGCUUGAUGGCUAUGUCUAAGUUCGUAAUAAUUGCGACACAGCGUCUUAUGUCCAUGGUAAACAAAUUGUGAAAUCAAUUAUUAUGAGUCACAUAAACGCAAAACAGGUUAAUAAACGAAUGAGGAAAGUAUUUUCACGCUAAUAAUUUCUUCCGCGCUCUGAUCAUCAUUUUUGAAAUGAACCUGACUUGUGCAAAUUAUUCCUUGCUCAACAUAGGCGUUGAUUAUUUCAAAGAGCUACAACAGAGCCAAAAACCUUCAAAUUCUUCAGUUUGCGCGAGGGCAGCUGGCUUUAAUUCACAGAAAGAGAUGAUGCAUGUUGAGGAGUUUUCAAAGGCAGCUUUCGGCUCGUCCAUCUUUAUCAUCAUAGUUUCGCCCAUGACAAUCGUGGCCAACAGUUUGCUUCUUGUAACUUUUCUCGUCGAUCCACUCAAGAUUUUCCGCAACCCAACCAGCUACUUUCUCAUCGGUUUGGCCAUCGUGGAUCUCCUAACAGCACUGAUACAAGAACCUAUCUAUGCCACCUGUUUUAUGCUGAUGUACUUUCAGCAUCCUUCGUGGACGAAAUGUGCACCUUGGAUGGAAUUUGCAUCUUAUUUUUUGACAUUUUCAAUCUCAGUAUCGGCAUCUAUCGUUUUUGCCUUUACAUUGACGCAGUAUGUCGUGGUGGCAUCGCCUCUGAAGUACGGCCGCAUGAUUACAAAGAAGAAAGCUUUCAUUAGCGUUGUGGCUCUAUACCUCUAUCAUACGCUUAUCUGUUGUUUACCUCUAAUGGGUGUUCCACGGAAGACCAUAGACGCCAUCGGCUUAUUUUUUUACAACUACGCUGUUGUUCUCGUUACCAUCGUGGUAUACGUUAUUCUUCAUUACACCAUGAAAAAGAAGAUGACCGCAGGGCGCUCACUCCAAAACGAAGGCUCAUCCACUUCUCGCGAGGAAGGAAGACACUUUCAGGUGCAGCGAAGCUUUGUCCGUUUAAACGUCGUUCUUCUCAUUAUUAUGAUCAUGUCUUUCCUGCCUUCAGUUAUACUCAUGACAAUCAGAUUUUUUCUGGACGACAUAUUUACUGCUCGGAAUGGGAUACGGGUUCUAGUUGCAAAUUUGAUGACCGAUAACCUGCUUUACCUGAAAUUUCUGUUAGAUCCGAUUGCCUACGCGUGGCGCAUGUCCAAGUACAGGAAGUCUCUA